AUGCAGGGCGGGGUCAUUGGGGGCAUCUACCUCCUUGCCUUCCUGUUAUCCAAAGGCAGAGCCGAAGAUAUUGAAACCUCCAAAAGUAUCUCAGAUGGAGAAGAUGUCAAACAAACACAAAGUGAUCUCAAAAGCGGCUCAAAUGACGCUGGAUUUCCAACUGCGCCAUUUAACCCUUUCAAUGAAGAAUUAGGACCUUAUAAUCCACCUGGCGGGGGAUACUCUAACAAUCCAGAUCGGAAUUCCUAUCCUUACUCAUCACCCUACCCAUACAAUCCUGGAUUGAACUCUAUGCAAGCGCAACCUGAUGUUAACAAUAGAAUAUAUCCACCAGGAUAUAGUGGUUCACCUAAUUUGAGCCCAUAUGAUCAAGGACCGAACCUGCCACUAUUUCCAACCCAAGGUGACCGUGAGUCCCAUCUUCGUACGCUUGAGUCUAUUUCUGUGAACUCACAAUCUGUGCCUAGAACUAGUGCACGAUCAGACAUCUCAUAUUUCUCUUCAUCUUACCCAUAUAAACAUGGAUUAGGUUCUAAACAAAUUAAUAGUGAACCGUAUCAAGCUGUGCCAUUACCAGAUCCCAGCUACUCGAAGUAUGAUAGUAUGGUUGGACGUAUAAACCAACCGCAAUUCACCGAAACGAAAACUGAUAGCCAGAAAUACCAAUCAGCAUUAGCUAGAUAUGAGUCUAAUUUAAAGCUAAACCAAGGGCAAAAUUUUGCACCAUCUUUUUAUCAUACACAAGAAAAAAACCAGUAUCAGCCUCUGCGCUCUAGUAAUAAUCCAAAGCUUUAUGAACUUUCGCUAGUUCCAUAUAAGGAACUUAGUUUUCCAAUUACAAAACUGAGUCCGCAACAAGAACAGACUAUAUCCAAACAAUACGGCUAUGGAUCUGAUGAUGCUUCACUUAUUUCUUCAUUUUACAGCCACGCACUAAGAAGUAAUGUAUCUCAGGAAGACGUUGCUUCUAAUCAGUCUAUUCCAAUACCUGAUAGUGAACCUUCAUAUAAACAAACAGUUUCCAAUGAUACUAAAGAAAUAGAGCAAAAUGAUGCACGUCAGUUCGUGCCAAGUUCGCAGGAAAUUAAAUCUGAUCCUUUGUCGCCAUCCUAUUCCAAUGUAAGCGAGUCAAGUGAAAAUAAUCCGGAAGUUGAGGAUAUUGAUUCGAGUCCAGAUGUUGAAUCAAGGUUGCAUCUGGCAUAUCCUCGAUUGUAUCCUUCAGGAGCGGGGACUGCAACAGCAUAUGCUGCUGUCAGACCAGCAACCAGUGGUGUUCCCUACGCAUAUACUUCGGGUCAGAGACCGAUUGUGAUAGAUUUCCCAUCUGAAACACCUCAAAGUCCAGCUGGUGUCUUCACCAACGGGCAAAGUUCGCCGAUCGCAUUCGAGGAUGCAAAGUCCAGAGUAAUAUCUCCGUAUGAAUAUGUAUUUCCUAACCAAGUGCCUGGGGGAGAAAAUGUAAUCCAGUGUCAAAAAGAAAAUGAGUUCCACCAUUUUUGGUCGAAAGGACAGGGCUGUUUUGUCUGCAUCUGUCUCAACGAAUACGGACUGCUGUCCCCCGUCUGUGCAAGUUGUGGUGGAUGCGACAACCCUACGCCGGCCACCCCCGAAUCAAUCCCUCCGCUGCCUGAAAGUAUAACUAUCCAACCAGCGUCCCCGGAGCCCUAUGAACCUGUCCGGAUAGUUCCAGUCCAACCUGUGGGGGCAGUGGAUGCUGUUCCCACUCCAGCACCUUCUCCUGAGUAUGCAGAACCUCCGGCGUCUCCAUCUCCUGGACCAGAAUAUGUUCCACAGAAUAUUCCAACGCUUCCUACACCAACACCUGGAGCAUCAUGUGACCCUUUGCCAAAUGGAGAGCCGUUUCCGAAUCCGUUGCAUCCUUGUCAGAUUUGUGUUUGCAAGGAAACUUCCCUCACUGGCAAAUUUGAUGUGCAGAUAGAAUGCAAAGAAGACCCACAGUGCAUUGUUCCAGACGACGUGACCACCUUACCUCCAAUACCUGAUGAGCCCAUGCCGAUUCCAUUACCUAUGUGCGAGAAGUUACCAGAAAAUGUACUAUUCCCCCAUCCAACCGAAUCAUGCAAGCUUUGCAAGUGCGCUAAAAGUAUGUCAGACACCGGAGUUCCUGAGCAGCAAAUAACGUGCUAUCCACAUCCUGAUUGCUUACCAAAAUUGGAGCCGGUAACAGAGUCACCUCCUCCUCUGCCUAUCCCAAUAGAGCCUCAGAAGAUACCUCCUGUGCCUGAACCGGUUCAGGAACCUUUCAUCAAUGAGAGGGAAACCUACUCACCAGCGGAGCCAGUGCCACUGCCAGAGAUCGUGACAAUAGAACCUCUACCGUGGCCUCCAAUAACGACAUUAGCACCGAUAACCACGCCGGGACCUCCAUUGACUCCUCGAGCUGGACCUCUGCCAGGACCCUCUCCACAUGAGUCGUGCCUGCCGUAUCCUCCCAAUCAGAUGUUCCAGCAUCCUUGGGAUGAAUGCCAAAUCUGCAUGUGCGCGGAGGCUGUGGCUGCAGGACUUACCAACGUUGAAGUCAACUGUUAUACCAAGCCGUCUUGCUGUAUAGAACCACCCGAUGCCGUAAAGAAAGCACUUCCAGGUUUCAAUUUGCCGUACCCAGGUCUCGGCAAUGCUGCCGUUAGCCCUGAUGUCUCAUCUCUGCCCAAUUCACCAACCGGUGUCAUUACUAGCACUUACAGACCUCCACCCACUUACAUUCACUAUACUCCAAGACCCGCGAGCACCUAUCCCAGCAACAAAGCGCCCGUAGAGACUCUGCCUCAACCACCGGGAUAUUCAUCCCAAUCAUUUCCUAGAUUACCAGAGACAGGCUUUCCUGAUCCAACUUCAAGUUAUCCCUACCAACCGAACUACGCUUCUUCUUACGUUCAUCAGCAAUAUCCUGAAUACCCUCCCCGACUGCCUCAGCCAGCUAGUGCUUACAAACCCUCUGGCUAUGAAUAUCCUCCGAACUACCCGUAUGGAAGACAGGGUUACAAAUUUGACCCAAGGUUUUCACUAGUCUCGUCACCGAAUGUGUAUUCUUCAAUGUACGGGUACAACGCACCCCCCGCGUACCCUCCCGGGAAAGGAGUAUCGAGUUAUCCGCAACCCCCGGUUUCAGGACCUACUCCAAUAAAAUCUCCAAGUUUGGUCCCUAGCUAUAGUCCCACAGCACCACGUUCAAAGUCUGGCAACGAUGCAUCAGACGAUUUGGAUGACACGUAGUAAUUUUAACGUAUGAUGUGAUAUGAUAUUAGUUAAGAAGACGACAAGGCCUGAUUUGGACUUAACGAGUAGUUAUAAGAAGUGUG